AAUGAGAAAAACAACUCACUUUUUCAUAUUGUUGGCGUCAUCGACUUUAAUACUACUUCAAGGAAACAGCUCAGAACACACAUUUUGUAGUUCAGUUCAAGACAUUCCUGCGUUUACACAAGAUGAAGCAAAUAUGAAUAUUGUCAGAGAUAGAGAUGGUUCACAAGGAAACAACACAUUUAGCGCUUGUAAAGCAAAAACACAAUUCUCAUUAAUGGAUGAUAAUCGACAAAAUGUAGUUAGAAAUGAAAAGGCAACCAUCGCCACGAAAACAUUUCCCGUAUCAUCAGUAGGGCAAUCGCAUUUCCGGUGUACACAAGACCAAUGUGAAUCACAAUCGAUAACUGUACACCAGAUUAAGGAUAUUUAUACUCCAGAAAACAUACAAAAUGGCGACAGAAGAACUUAUAGACGACCAACAAAUGAAGUCAGAAGAACUAACAGAGAAAACAGAACCUCACGAAAAAGUAGGCUUGUAGUUCGAGAAACACCCCCAAGAAGACAAGUUAGACAACUUAACAGAAAUAAGAGAUAUAUAGGAAGAGUUAUCAAACGACAAGCUGGCCAACAAAUCUUUAAAAGACAUAGACUAGACAACCGUGUAAGGCUGGACACCUCUACGAGAGGACGGACUAUUCAACCAAGACUGCAUGACAGACAAGGUAGAGUGACAAACAGAAUAAAAAGGAAAGACAACAGGAGAAAUACUAGACAAUUAGCAAGACAAGUCGGACAUGAAGACCGGCAAACGGCGACAUCAAGAGAUGCCAAUUCAAAUGAGAAAAGACAAAACAGACAGCGCAACACUUUAAACAAACGAAAUAUCAGGCAAAUUAAAACAGUUAGGCAAUUGAACAGGCAAACAAACAGAAAGCAAGGACGAACACAAUCUAUGAGUUUAUCUACAACAACAGCGAUUACCAAAAGAAUGAACACAUUAAAUACCAGGCAAAACACCUUACAUACCAGGCAAAACACCUUACAUACCAGACAGAGCAACUUAGAUACCCGAAAGACCAUUUUAAACACCAGACAAAACACAUUACAAAACAAGCGUUAUACCUUGCAUAAAAGACAGAAAACAUUAAAUGACAAACAUAACACUGUGUAUACUAGACAGAAGUCUUUGCAUUCAAGACAAAGCAACUUACAUACUAAACCGAAAACAAUAACCAGUCAGAGUUCCUUUACUACAAGACAUAAAAUCCUAAAUGCUAGACGGAGCACAUUGAGCACUAGACAGAACACCAGACAGAACACUAUAAUUACAAGACAGAACACAUUAGGUACACGACAGAACACCAGACAAAACCUCUUAAGUACAAGACAAAACACCAGACAAAACAACUUGGAUACCAGACAGAAUACAAGACAAGAUACAUUAAGCUCAAGACAGAACAUCAGACAAAACAACUUGGAUACAAGACGGAAUACCAGACAAAACACAUUAAGCUCAAGACAGAACAUCAGACAAAACAACUUGGAUACCAGACGAAACACCAGACAAAAAACAUUGAGUACAAGACAGAACACCAGACAAAACACAUUAAGCUCAAGACAGCACGCCAGACAAAACACCCGACAAACAACAUUAAGUACAAGACAGAACACCAGACAAAACACAUUAAGCUCAAGACAGCACGCCAGACAAAACUCCCGACAAACAACAUUAAGUACAAGACAGAACACCAGACAAAACACAUUAAGCUCAAGACAGAACAUCAGACAAAACAACUUGGAUACCAGACGGAACAACAGACAAACAACAUUAAGUACAAGACAGAACACCAGACAAAACACAUUAAGCUCAAGACAGCACGCCAGACAAAACACCCGACAAACAACAUUAAGUACAAGACAGAACACCAGACAAAACACAUUAAGCUCAAGACAGCACGCCAGACAAAACACCAGACAGAGCACAUUAAGCUCAAGACAGAACACCAUACAAAGCACAUUAAGCACACGACUGAACACCCGACAAAACCACGCAAGUACAAGACAGAACACCAGACAAGACAACUUAAGUACCAGACGGAACACUAGACAAAACACAUUAAGUACAAGACAACACACAAGACAAAACAUAUUUAGUACAAGACAGAACACCAGACAAAACACCCAACAAAGCUCAUUAAGUAAAAGACAGAACACCCGAAAAAACAUAUUAAGUACAAUACAUAGCACCAGACACAACACAUUAAGUACAAGACAGAGCACCAGACACAAUUACUUACGUAUUAAAAAGAACACCUUAAAAAUCAGGCAGGAUACAUUAAAGGCCAAACAGAACUCCUUGCAUGAAAGACAGAACACCUUUCAUGCCAGACAGCACCAUUUACAUGUCAGGCAAAACACAUUACACAAUAGACUGAACACACCCAAUACAAGAAACAAUGGCAACUUAGAAAAACGAGAAAAACUGAUGUCCCGACCGAUUACACGAAAUGACCAGACAGAAAAUGUUUGUCAGCAAAGAAAUGUAAGAUCUCAAAAUAACGGAACGUUGAUGCAGCCAAUAUUCAGCAGAAACAACACGAGCAACAUUAUCUUUUCUACAGCAAUAGUUUCAUCCAAGAACACACAUGUGUUAAACAAUGGAACGUUAGCUAACAGUUAUUUUCCUUCUAAAGGGAAACAAGUUGAAACAUAUGAUGUUACAGCGGACGGAACUAACACAUGGGCAUGGUGGAAAAUGACGGAUAUCGACAUAAAUAAACAGAAUGAAUUAAAGGCGACGACAGAUACGACACAUGAAAGUGAAAUACACGUCUUUAACGUAGAAGGAGUGUCAAAAGUUAUUGUAGCAGGAUGUUUAGGUUUACUUUCAACCGGGAAAAUGAUGAAAUAAAGGAUUAUGGGUAGCAUAGAGAAUUUAUGAGUAUUCAGGAAUUUAAGAUGAAUGAGCAGCAGAAAAAUAC